AUGCAGCCCUUUGGCGAGGUAGAAUGCGCAUCUCAUGUAGCGUUCCUGUUCCCUCCCGAGUUUCCAUGGCAUACCGUCAUCUCCGGAAUUGCUUUCCCAUGUUUUAAAAGAGCCUUGAUUUGUGCCAUUCUAGCAUCUAUCUCUUUAUUUCGUAAGGCACCCAGAUGGACUGUUUUAGAUGCGUUUGUUCCAUUAGAUCCUCUUCGUGAGUAUGGACUCCCUCCCACAUGUGAGAAUCCAUGUCAUAUGUACUCUUCGCUCUCGCCCUACUAG